CUCGCCAAGAAAAGAGAGAACUGGCUCAAUCCCGCCAAAAAAAGGGAUUCAUUCACUCAUACGAUUUCAACACGUGUCAUUUGGUAUCAGAGUCGUUGAUCCGGAUUCCGAUCACGAUGAGCUCAAAGAGACCAUCAAGGGAGGAGGAACACAUCAAUCAGGCACUCAGACAAAUAGAGCGUGUAAUGGUUACCUGCCGCAUGAUGAUUGCGUCGUAUGACAAACGCAUGUCAGCAACACCAUCAUCGCCAUCUGAAGUCGAGACCCUAGCCGCUAUGGAAGAGGCGGAGAUCUCGUCCUACCCGUAGCAACGCUACAGGUACCUGUUGCAGCUAAAAGCACGUUAUCGACGAUCAUGGCGCCUCCAUUGGCUGCCUUGCCGACCUUGUCAGCAAAUCCACAACAGCCUCUUGUCGAUGCUGCCAAGCAUUAUACGCUGCCAGAAAUCGAGUCCAAGCCACGCUUCCCAUCGACGACGAACCCGACCGCUCACAUGGGUGAUCCUGUUGCCGCCGUUUGUAUGGGUAAGUUUGCGAUUGUUGCACCAACUUCUGCAAACAAGGACAAUUUAAAGGCCAUUGCAAUCACUACCAUCGCUGCCGUUGAUCCGCGAGAAGUAAAGUCUUUUGUGGCCCAUGCCGCAACGCCUUCACCUGGAAGGAGCCUGACUUCCGCCACAUCCACUACAUCAACGCCGAACCAGGGAGGUAACUUCCGUGAUUCAUUGAUCGCUGAAGAUCAAGGUGGGACACCUCAUGGAGAGGUUGAUAUAAUUGCCAAGGUUCAUCCAACCAAAUUAGUCUGUAUAGAUCCCGGUGGAAGGGGAUUUAAGUCCACAACUCUUUAUGAAAGUCUCUUUGUUAGGGAUGUUCGUCAAUUGUUGAUGUGCGAUGAUGGGGAUGGAAAAUGCGGGGAAAGAGUUAUAUGCAAGAUAGACUUAUUUAUAAGGCUUGCGCAUAAAAAGCAUAUCAACUAUGAAGCAUCAGUAGGAUUUUAUGGUGUUGAUGCUAAAUUUCUUUACUGGUGGAAGAGAAGGAAGAAGCUGGACGAGAAUCCAAUUCCAAAAGGAAAGCUACAGCCCCAGGGGAAGAAAGAAGCAAUGGCUUGCGCUCUUGAUUGUUGCUACCUUGACAAAGACUUUGGGGACAAGACUUACAAGCGCAAGCGCGAUGCCGAAGUUACCGUCACCGCCAACAAUGACGACAACGAAUCGAUGGUGAUCGAACCUUCCUUGCCCCCACCGGCAAAGCAGUCGACACUCCCCCUCUAUCAUCAAUCUCAACACACCGACCUUCAUAAUCACAAUCUACGGCGGGGUGAUCCCGAGGUGGGUCUCAGGAAGGAGCUGGAAACGUUCAGGAAGCACAGAUUGUGGGCAAAGGUUGGGAGUAGGCAAGCGGCGCCGUGUGAGGAGUCGAUGAACGAGGUGAAACGGAGUGAACAAGCUGAAGUGGGUGAUGAGCGGACCGAUUCAGCUAUCUGGGUUGACUUAUGGAUCAAACCAACUGACUGGUACGGAUCGCCGAUGGAAACAUGUCAAGGGAGUUCGCUUCGCGUGGAUGAUGCUACCUGUAAGUUGUCUUCCAUUUUCGAUGAUCGCUUCAUUCAAUUCGGCCUUGAGGACAAGGCCGUUUUUCAGGGGUGGUAAUGAUAAGCCCACGAAUCAAUGAACUCAGCCCAAUCGACGUUCAGCUUGUGAGCCCCAGUCCAAUUCGCGCUAACGGGAUUUCGUGUAGCCCAACCAUUGUCCAAGCUGACCGUUGCCAGGACAGGAGUAGUCUUUGGGUUUUGUUUUAGGUUGAAAGGGUAUUCCCUACUGAUUAGGAGUAGUAGUUGCUGGUUGUUUUGGUUGGAAUAAAGUCCCUCCACCUUAAGUGGAGAAAGAGUAGGCAGUAGGUAGUCGUGGAAGCAUAGCUCCCACUUUGUUAGGAUUUUUAGUUUCAACGAUGAUGUAUUUAAACUAGAAGCAAAGAAAUAACAAGAAGCAGAAUUUCAGUAAGUAAAACCCCUGGUAAUUU